AUGGCAUCUCCCACAAAAAUUCAUCCCGCAACUUUGGUUACUAACAUUAAAACAAGCGUGCCUAUCCAACUUGAUGAAGAUGGCUCCAAUUUUCAUACUUGGGUCACUUUAUUCAAGCUUGUGGAUUCUCACAUUCUUCCCUAUGACUCCUCUAAAGCAUUAGUUUCUAAAGAUUCUGAAUGGCAACGUCUUGAUGACAUUGUUCGCACAUGGAUUUAUGGCUCUAUUAGUCCAUCCCUCCUCCAAUCCAUAGUUCGUUUCGAUGAUUGUGCUUUUGAUGCUUGGAAUCGUAUUGAGAACAAUUUUCAAAAUAAUAAAACCUCUCGCAUUCUUCAUCUUAAAUCUCAAUUUAAUGACAUUUCUCUCAAAUUUUCCCAAUGUGAUUUCUUAUUGCAAUGA